AUGGUAGCCAUGUCAAGCACGCGCUCUCUCCUGGCACAAGGAGUCGCAAAGCGCCGCUCGACAUUGAUGUUGAUACACACAUCUUCCAGAGACAUCGACAUGUAUCACUAUCUUCGAAAGCUGCGAAAUGUAAAACAUGAGAGACAGCCGGUCCGCUUCGUCUUCCCUCCACCACCUCUGCCCUGGUCUCCAGUUAAUCCCGACUCCAACACUCUAGGACUAGUAGACUAUUUUGCCAAUGUGUCUUACUCCACGCUGUCCGUUUUGGGGGUUGAUGCCCGACGUCUGAGAAAUCUCUUGCUUCGUAUGACUGUUUCCAGCAACACACUCCCCACCUUCGCGCUCAAAUCAUCGCUGCUGGCCGUAUCUUCGCUGCAUCGUGACGGUCUGCGGGACUUGGCUUUCCGGUAUAAAAUCGCUGCCAUCAACGCCCUGGCGGAGUCGGCCAAGUCUGGACGCCCAGGUGCCUUGGAAUCUGCGCAGCAUGCUGCUACCUGCAUGCUUUUGGCCACUUUUGAGACCCAGCACCACUCCGAGUCUUCAGGCCAAUGGGUGCUUUAUGUUGACAGUGCCAAGCACAUUGUCCAGACCACAGGUCUUGACCAACGAUCAGAUCAAGCCGAGCUCAAUCCUCUUCUAGAUUGGAUUUACUAUUUGGACGUUAUGUCGUGGUUUGUCAUGCGGCAUUGGCGCCAUCCUUCCACAUUGCCACAUUCGACUACAGACAAGAUUUCUCUGAGUCGUGGGAAAUCUCCCUUGUUACUGAAUCGCCCCACCUCAAUUCGCACAGUUUUGGAACCUAUUGCCGCCGUCUGCGAUAUUCUCGUAGAGCCCCAUGAUCCUCGAGCUCAGGCUGUUGAGUACCAAAGUCGACUUCGCUCACUAGAGAGUACACUUAUCAAUGACCCUGUGGCCAAGACCACUAUAACAGGAUUAGAUGAGAGAGAAGACGACAUUAUAACAGAGCUUUAUCAGCUCGCAACCCUUGUCUACCUUUUCAAUGGAACAGCAAGUUCUUGUAUUCCAGAUCAUCAGCUCGACGGCUUGGUCGAUCGCGGAUUUUACCUCAUCAGAAAGCUCAGCACGUGCGAGCGAGCUUUCCCGCUUCUGAUACUUGGUUCUGAAGCACGCAAUGAUGAGGAACGAAUGCUCUUGCUCGAGCUUGUUCAUAAGACUGAGGCAAAACACAACGAAAGCAGCCUCAUGCGUAUAAGAGCGGGCCUUGAGAUGGUGUGGUCACAGCGAGACCUUGAAGCCGAUGAAGAUGAAUACAGCGACCUAAGCUACCUCCACAGACUAGACACUGUCAUCGGCUCCGCAUGUACACUGCCAUUCAUUUCAUAA